CUCAAAAUCUAUCACUUACCUGAUGCAGAAUCAGAUGAAGAUGAGAACUUUAAAGAGCAGACUAGACUUCUCAAGACCAGUAUCCCAUUCUCUGUGGUUGGAUCCAAUCAGUUGAUUGAAGCCAAGGGCAAGAAGGUCAGAGGCCGCCUCUACCCGUGGGGUGUUGUGGAGGUGGAGAACCCGGAGCACAAUGACUUUCUGAAGCUGCGGACGAUGCUCAUCACCCACAUGCAGGAUCUCCAGGAGGUGAAUCAGGACCUUCAUAAUGAAAACUUCCGCUCUGAGAAGCUCAAGAGAGAUGGCAGGAAAGUGGAAAACGAGGACAUGAAUAAAGACCAGAUCCUGCUGGAGAAGGAAGCAGAGCUCCGCCGCAUGCAGGAGAUGAUCGCCAGGAUGCAGGUGCAAAUGCAGCUGCAGAUGCAGGGUGGGGACGGCGACGGCAGGGCCCAUGGGCAUCAUGUGUGAGAAAAUGCUUUGCAAGACACAGAAAACAUUCUGCAUGAAUUCUACAGCUGCGUGUUUCCGAGAGAUCAUUGGAAGGGUGCCCAUCCACAUUUUACAGUACCUGUGCCUGAGAAUUUAUUUUUUUUAAACUUUUGAUGUGUUAUUUUGUAUGAAGUGCUUAUAACAUUUGUAUUUCGUUGGUAUGUUAUACUUUAUAUUUUGUGAGGUGAACCUUGCAUUUUUCAUAUAUCUUCCACCUUGACUAACCACUAAUGUUGGAACUGAUUUCCAGGAUCAGUCAUUAUAUAUAAUUAACAUUGAAUUUCUUUGA